GACGUUUUAUUGUUUUUGCAUUACUUUCACAAAUAAGUUAGAAUUUGAAUUAUUUUGAUAAAUAAUUUUUUUUAUAUUAUUUAGAAAAAAAAGACUCGAGCUUCGUUGGUAUCAUCUUUCUGGCGUGUAUCUUAAAGCAUGCACCACUUGCAUGAUUAUUUUCUUCGCUUGACUAGAUUUCUUAUUAGCUAACUUCCCAUUCUACGCCGUUACGAGUCACAAUAGCGUCGUUAAUCGUCACCUCCGCCGGGUCCAACCCAGCCUGUAAAAGUCCGAAUUCCACACGCACUAAAAGGCCCACCAAACCGAGUAAACCGCACCGUUCCUUCCAACAUUCUCCAACCCCUCUCCCACCACCCGCCGUCGCCAUGUCCGCCGACCGCGAGCACAUCACUCCCCUCGCCACCGCCGACCGCCCCACCAGCGAUGAGGAGGACCCCACCACCACGACUACCCCUCCGCGCUCCUCCCACCUCCUCCGCCGUCGCUGCCUCGUCUGCUGCGGCUCCUGCGCCGCCCUCGUCGCCGUCAUCGCCGUCGUCCUCGUCAUCGUCGCCCUCACCGUCUACAAGGUCAAGGACCCGGUCAUCACCAUGAACUCGGUCUCCAUCGAGAACCUCGACAUCAAGACCGGCUCCUCCCUCACCUCCCCCCUCGCCGUCAACAUGACGGUGGUCGCCGACGUCUCCGUCAAGAACCCAAACGCCGUCUCCUUCCGGUUCGGGAAGAGCACCACCGCUGUCUACUACCAGGCGCGGGAGAUUGGGGUGGCCUACGGACCACCCGGGACGGCGGGGGCCCACAAGACGUUCGGGCUCAACGUGACGGUCGACGUGAUGGCUGACCGGCUUCUGUCCGAUACGAAUCUGAUCGGCGAUCUGGCGGCGGGGAAGCUGGACGUGAGCACGUCGACGAGAUUCGGUGGAAGGGUGAAGAUUUUUCUGAUCAUCAAACACCAUGUGGAUGUGAUGAUGAACUGCAGCGUGACCGUGGCCGUGUCCAACAUGUCGAUAUUGAGUCAGAGUUGCAACCAGCGCGUGUGGCUAUAAUUAAUUUAUGAUAGUUUUGGUAUCAACAUACUUAAAAUAGAUUUGAAGUAGAAACAUUUUGAUGGAUGUUAGCUUAGAGAUAGGUGAGAUGAGAUCCGAAUACGUAUAUGUACACACUAUACAUUGAAAUAAUUAAUGUGCUCGAUCUCGUAGCUA